AUGUGCGUGGACUUUACAGAUCUAAAUAAAGCCUGCCCGAAGGACUGCUUCCCCUUGCCGAGGAUUGACAGGUUAGUAGAUGCUACUGUUGGUUUUGACGUUUCGUGCUUCCUGGAUGCUUUCAAGGGAUACCACCAGAUAGAGAUGGCCGAGGAGGAUCGGGAAAAGACUUCCUUCAUCACCGAGGAAGGAACUUACUGCUACCGGACCAUGCCGUUCGGACUAAAGAACGCCGGAGCUACCUACCAACGUCUGGUCAACAAGCUGUUCCAGAAUCAGAUCGGCAGGAGUAUGGAGGUUUACGUUGACGAUAUGAUCGUCAAGAGCCGAACUGAUCAGCAGCUCGUUCCCGACCUGAGGGAAAUCUUGAACAUUCUGCGUGAAAGCCGGAUGCGGCUGAACCCAAAGAAGUGUACUUUCGGGGUUAGAUCGGGAAAGUUCCUGGGCUUCCUGGUCUCCCGGGAAGGGAUCCGGGCCAAUUCGGACAAGCUCCAGGCCAUCAUGGACAUGGCCCCCCCGAAGAGCGUCAAGGAGGGGGAGACCCUGUUCCUAUACCUGUCUGCUUGCAACGAGGCCGUUAGCGCGGUUUUGGUGCGAGAGGAUAAUGGGGCUCAAAGGCCGAUAUACUACGUUAGCCGAGCCUUACAAGGGCCGGAGACGCGGUACACGCCGGCGGAAAAGUUGGUCCUCGCUUUGGUGCACGCCGCCCGGAAGCUCCGACCUUUCUUCCAGGCCCACAGCAUCACUGUCCUGACGGACCAACCCUUGCGGCAGAUACUCACGAAACCUGAAGUCUCGGGCAGAAUGACUAAAUGGGCCGUCGAGCUGGCCGAGCACGACAUCGGCUACCAGUCUCGCACCUCUAUCAAAGGCCAGGCCCUGGCAGACUUCCUCGCCGAGGGAACCAGUCUACCCGCGUCUGAGCCGAGCUCUAUGCCCGAGGCGGUGCGGCCGGAAGAGCCGUGGAUACUAUUUGUUGACGGGGCUUCAAGUAAGGAAGGAAGCGGAGCCGACCUGCUACUCAUCUCGUCCACCGGGGAGGAGCUGACCUACGCACUUAGGUUCGACUUUCCGGCAUCCAACAACGAGGCUGAGUACGAGACCCUAUUGACAGGAUUACAGAUAGCCCACCAGAUGGGUGUAACCGCGAUCAGGGUCCGGAGUGACUCUCAGCUCGUAGUCUACCAAGUCCGCGGGGAGUACGAGGCCAAGGAGUACGUCAUGAAGAAGUAUUUGGCUAAGGUGCAGGAGGCGAUAAAGCUGUUCAACCUCUUUGAGAUCGAGCGGGUACCACGGUCACAGAACAAGCGGGCGGACGCCCUGUCGAAACUGACGUCCUCCUCGUUUGCCCACCUGAGCAAGGAAGUUUUGGUGGAGGUAGUCAAACAAAAAAGUAUCGACCAGGUCCAGGUCUUGGCUAUAGACAGCCCGGCCUCUUGGAUGACCCCCCUGGCGGACUUCCUCAGCUCGGGUGCCCUCCCAGUGAAUAAGACCGAGGCUCGCCGAAUCCAGUUCAGAGCUGCCAAGUACGCCUACGCCGGGGGGACCCUCUACAGGAGGUCGUACUUGUCUCCCUGGCUAAAGUGCGUAACUCCCGAGGAGAGCGACUAUGUCCUCCGAGAAGUGCACGAAGGCCUGUGUGCGGCACACGUAGGGACCCGAGUGUUGGCCAAAAAAUGCCUGCUCCUAGGCUACUACUGGCCCUCGGUGUUUCGAGAUGCCGCAGCCCUAGUUUAG